CUGCGCGCUGCUCCCCACUUCUCAGGAGGGAAAGCUCUCUUGAAAGAGCUGGAAAGGUGCCCGACUCCCGCCAUGCUGGCGCUGCUGUGUGCCUGCCUGCUCCUGGCGGCCCGCGCCUCGGACCCUUGGACCCACCCGGGCUCCGCGGAGCCCAGCUCCAACACGGCGGAGCAGAUCCGCGACAUGCACGCCAAAGUGACGGAGAUCUGGCAGGAGCUGAAGCAGCGGCGGGCGGCGGGCCGCGGCCGGGAUGCCGAGCUCUACGCCACCUGCCAGGUGCAGCCGUCGGCCACGCUGGACGCCGCGCAGCCCCGGGUGACCGGCCUCGUGCUCUUCCGGCAGCUCGCGCCCGGCGCCAGGCUGGAGGCCUUCUUCGACCUGGAGGGCUUCCCAGCCGAGGCCAACGGCUCCAGCCGCGCCAUCCACGUGCACCAGUUCGGGGACCUGAGCCGGGGCUGCGACUCCACCGGGCCGCACUACAACCCGCUGGCCGUGCCGCACCCGCAGCACCCGGGCGACUUCGGCAACUUCGCCGUGCGCGACGGCAGCCUCUGGAAGUACCGCGCCAACCUCGCCGCCUCGCUCACCGGCCUGCACUCGAUCAUGGGCCGCGCCGUGGUGGUCCACGAGGGCGAGGACGACCUGGGCCGCGGCGGCAACCAGGCCAGCGUGGAGAACGGCAACGCCGGCCGCCGGCUCGCCUGCUGCGUGGUGGCCGUGUGUGGGCCCGAACCCUGGGCGCGCCAGGCCCAGAAGAACUCCGAGCGCAAGAAGCGGAGGCGGGAGAGCGAGUGCAAGGCCGCCUGAGCGCGCCCCCACCCAGCGGGCCGUCCGAGAGCCCCACUUACGCCCCGAUACCCCCCUCCACGCCCUGACACCCCUCCAGGAGCCUUGAGACCCCUCCACACACCUUGAGACCCCCUCCGCCCCCUGAGAUGCCUCCAUGCACCCGAGGCCCACUCCACGCCCUGACACCCCUUCAUGCGCCUCAGACUCCCUCCAUGCCCUGACAUCCUUCUCUGAGUCUUGAGACCCCCUCCACACCCUUCCAUGCACCUCAGAUCCCCUCCAUGCCCUGACACCAUGUCAUGCGCCUCAGACCCCCUCCAUGCCCUGACACCCUUCCAUGAGCCUUGAGACCCCCUUCAUCCCCUGACCCUUCCAUGAGUACUGAGACACCCCCCCUCCCCCGCCUCGAGUUUCUCCCUCUGCUCCCAGAGACACCCUCCACCCUGAGGUCCCACUUCUGCCAUGGCUGAGGGCUCCCUGAAAAUCCUCUCCACCCUGAGAUCUCCAACCAUGUAUGCUGAGACACCCCCUUCUAUCCUGAGGGCAGCCUAUGACUUCUGAGCCCCCAACCCCUAGUUCUGAGGACCCCCAGAGGUACCUAAAUACCCCUAUCCACCCUGAGGUCUUUCCAGACUCCCUGAGGUCCCUUUCCAUCCUGACACCUCCACCCUCACCCCAUGAGCCCUGAGAUUCCUCUAUGCCCUAAGGACCCAACUCCCCCCACCCCUUAAUUUCCUCCUAGGCACUCUGAGACCCCUCCUGAAGUUGCCUAGCACCCCCCUCUCUCCCCACCCAUCACCUCUGCACUCAGCCAUGACAUGCAGCCUGCAGUUAGGCACCCCUGCCAGGCAUCUUCAGCUCUUUCCAGCCACUGCCACCCUGCAGAGAGCUGCUCCUUUGGGGGCUGUUUGGCAAUCUUCAUGUUGCACAUUAAAAACUCAGCAAUUCAGU